CGGCAAAGCAUGAAGGAACGGAUCCAUAGUUGAGUGAGGCUGAAGUUUCGUUCGGUUCCAACAACCCUUCAGUCCCCAUUCGCACUUUUACCUGCUUUAUGUUGCUCUAUAUCUCACACUUUUCUCAAUCCACAAACCCUAAUCUGCGACUCUCCUCUCUCGGAUUUUGAGCAUUUCAGGCACAUGAUUCUCUCGGUAUGAGAUUUCCUCUUCUCGGAGAUGGCAAUAAGGCAUUGCAUGCUGGCUGUUUCAGUUUGACGUAGUAUGCUGCUAUUCUUCUGGGUGUUUAUGUUGGUGAUCUGCAACCAUUUUGUUCAAUACUCCAGCAACUCGUAAAAUGAAAUCAAGUUCCAAUGCAGCAUCUAGAGGCAAGAGGUCUACAGCUUUGCAGGGAGAGGGCCCAAACUGGAUUCUAAUUGCAGGUGGUGCUUUAAUAAGUACUUUGUCAGUUCGCUUGGGCUACAAGCUCAAGCAGGUUCUUGAUGCAAAACAACAGAACAAUGCUGACAACACUUCAAAAGGAAAUGAGAAACCUGCAGAGAGAAGGAAAGCAAGGAAUUGCCGUGUGCAGUCCAGUACAUGCAGUUUCAGCCAAGAUGACGAAAACUGCUAUAAUUGCCGUUCAGGAACAGGAGACAUGAUGGAGAUGAAACAGCAGUGCGGCGGCCAAGUACUGAGAGAUACUGAACUUGAACUACCUCUAGUCACCGUGCCUUCUCUUGAAUUCAGUAAAGAGAAUGGCGGGACAUGGUCAUCCGCCACAGAUCGUCUUGAGCUGCCACAGAAGCCAUUCCACCACUCAAACAGCUCUGAGUCACCGUGUGUUUCUGAAUCUGGUUCUGACAUUUUCAGCAAGCGAGAAGUAAUACAAAAGCUCAGACAACAGUUAAAAAGAAGGGAUGAAAUGAUACUAGAGAUGCAGGAACAGAUUGUGGAGUUGCAGGGAACUUUGAGUGCUCAUGUUUCCCAUUCCUCCCAUCUCCAGACUUUGCUUGAUGUUGCCAACAGCAAUCUUUAUGAAUCCGAAAGGGAAAUUCAAAGGCUGAGGAAGGCAAUUGCAGACCGUUGUGUCGUGCAAGUGGAUUCCUUUGAUAGUAAUGGUCAUUUCGAAGGAGGCAGAAAUGGGUAUGAAAAUGGCCAUUUUGACGGCGAGAGACAUCCGAUGAAACCUUCAGACAAGAGGGGGAGAGGGGAUGGGGAAAGGAUAGAAAUGCUGAAGGCUGAAGUAGCCGAACUGAAGGAAAUCAUUGAAGGGAAAGAAUAUCUGCUGCAUAGCUAUAAGGAACAAAAGGCGGAGCUCUCUACGCAGAUUAAGGAGAUGCAGCAGAGAUUGGAUUCUCAGCUCCCAAAUAUUUUGUAGGCAGAGUUUAUAAGGCAUGUGUAGUCUUGUUUGUUUGGCUUCCAAUAGAACUUCAAUCCACAAUCCCCCAUAAUAUGUCGGGUUUAAGUCCGUUUUAUUGGCUCAUUUUCACGUUUUUUUUCUACUCCCUGGUUGUCUGGUGUGGAACUGUGUAUAUGUUGGAGGGAAAGUGAGUCAUUUUGCAGAACAAGUUUCGCCCGGGCUAUUUCUUUGCAUAAAGGGUAGACCCCUAC